GCGGGAGAAUUUCGGAGGAAUCCAGGAGAUGAUAGGGAGAAACUGCGGCGGCGCCGGCGCCGGUGAAGAUGAAGUAGUUGAUAUGGUGGUUAGAACGCCUUCCAAUCCUCAGACCACGCAGAAUGUAAACAAGGUGGCUCCAGAUUCUCGGUCAUGUUUGAAACCAACGCCGGCAGGAGGCGCCGCGCAGGAAGACGGUAAAGAGGUCCAUCUGUUCAUUUGGCGAUGCGGGUGUUGCAGUUCUCAAGGUGUUUGUGGGCAGUCAGUGCAAGUCUGCAGAAGAGAAGAGGAAAUCAAAGUCCAAGGGAAGACAGGAGAAGAUGAGAAGCCCAAUUUCCCUAAAGACCAGAAUAUGGAUUCCUCCACAUCCUCAGCCAUGUUGAAGCAAAUCAUGAAAAGGGUGUGGUUUAAGCUUGUGAGGAACCCCAACUCUUAUGCCAGCGUACUGGGUUUAGCCUGGGCUUUGGCUUCCUGCAGAUGGGACAUAAAGAAGCCCCAAAUCUUGGAGAACUCGGUCACAAUAUUGUCAAAUGCAGGCCUUGGAAUGGCCAUGUUAGCCUUGGUCUGUUCAUGGCUCUCCAACCAAGGAUCAUAGCAUGUGGUAAUAGACUAGCCGCGUAUGGCAUGCUUGUCAGGUUCUUGGCUGGCCCUGCUGUGAUGGCAGUUGCUUCUGUUGCAGUAGGUCUUAGGGGC